AUGGAACUGUUUGAUACUGGCAACAAAAUUAUUGACCAUGAUGAAGCUUAUGAAGAUCAAGAAAAUAUUUUGCCUCAUGAAGAAUGUUGUAAUGAUGUUCAGGAAAAUAUUUCAUCUCGUGCUAGAAUAGUCAAAAGAAGACUACUUGAGACACUUUCAAUGCCUGAUGAUAAUUAUGCAUAUUUGGUAUUGUUAGCAUAUGGACAGCAGACUGGUUUUGUUUGGCAAAUUCGGAACAAAAAGCUAAAUAAGACUGUACAUAACAGAGAAUCAGUUAAAAUGGCAUGUACUUGUUUUAUUAAUAUGUCCUGGCCACUUAAAUCAUCAAACCCAAGUAUUACCAAAAUGAAUCUAGAACAUCAUGGUCAUGUACUCAAUCCUAGAAAGUUUUGUUUUGCAAAUGUUUAUCAACAACUUCCUCAAAAUGUCAUGGACAAAAUCAAAUUUUAU